AUGGAUAAGAACGUGUCAAAAGCUACCACAGAAUGUGCAAACAAGAUCAUGGAGUGGGUGAAACAGGGAGGAAUCCCUCGUCAGAGUUCAUCCCGAUCCUGUGGCAAGAGGGCCAGCGCUUGGAAUGAGACAAAGCAUGUAAAAUCUGCGAGGGGUCAAACCUUGCUCGGAAUCGGCAUGCAGCAUCUUGCUUCGUGCAAGGACACCUGUCAUGGAGCUUGUCAAAGGAUCUUGACAAUGCUGGGUCGAAACUCCUCAAUCGAUGGAAAGCAAGAAAUACAUUUCACGAGAAUUCAAGAUUUGUUUCAACACCUUGGGGCAACAGCGAAUGUGUGUGGAUGCCUUCUCUUUACAAAAGAAGCUGUCACUUCAAUCAUGAACAUUCGAAUCGGGAAAAAAGUUUCCAAGAUCGCCGCAUUUGUAACCAACGCGAACUUUGAUUCAGGUGGCGGGGAUGGAUAUGCGGGAUGUCACGUCAAGGUCCUAAUUGACAUCGCACGCUGCAAAGAUUUAUCGAUGACGCUCUCUAGCUUGACGCAUGAAGAGUUGUUGAACAGCGUCUUCUUCGUUCAGCUCCAUGGGGCUUAUGUUGACCUCCAACAGAACGAAGACAUCGUCCUCAGCACGAGAUCCAACACCGUGUGCAUCAUCGCAUUAGACAAGAGCAAUGCAAUCCAUCAUCGUCGAAACAAAUCCAAGACACCUCCUGCAGACCCUCAAGAAACGAACAAGCACCUUUGCGACCUGCUGGGAAGCGGUUGCAGGGCGCGUGUGUGCGAAAGAAUUCAGAUCCAUGACUUGAGAUUUCUGUUGGAAGAUGGAAGCGAAAGGCAGAUGAAUGACAUAAAAUGCUUGCAUGAAGUCAGAGAAUUUCUUGUGCUGUCCUGCGCCAGUUGCCUUCGAGCAGUUUUCCCCAAUCACGACGGGAGUACUUUCUGCCAACAUUGUCCCUUCCCUGAUGCUGACAAGAAUCAAAAGGUUUUCACCCACACCUGGUGUGGAGCGUUUGUCGACUUCUCCUCUGGAAGUGUUAGAACGACGGCCGUCAUGCACGACAAGGCAAUCAAUCAAAUGUUCGGAAACAUCUCGGCAGAGGAUGUCUUCUACGAGACUGAGAAUGUCGAAGAGAUGGAUGGGCGAGUCUUGAGCCUGGCUGUCUUGUCUUGCUGUCUAUCUCUGACAGCUCGGACUGAGGACGAAGCUCCGACCAUCCUUGUUACUCUUGACUUGAGGGAGUCGACUGAUCCUAAUGGCGUUCUGAUUGAUAGCAUGUGUGAGAUCGUUGAGAUCAAAGAGAUGGGGGGCGGGCGGAUUGAUUGA